AUGGAUCCUUCCCAAACGACUCCACCAUCGUCACAGCUCAGUAUUUGGCUCGGACUGGUCCGUCUCAUGCUGGAUGAACUUUUCCAACACAGACCAAUCUUUAACCAAAACAAUCUUGGUCUCUUCUGGUGUUUCCAUAUUAUGGCUCAUGCUUUCGCCCAAUAUCGGCUGGAUUUACAACAUUUCUCAAUCUAUGCCACUGUCUUCUUCGUAUAUGGUCUUCUGGUCAUUGUGCUCUCAUUGAAGGUUAUCAAAGCACUCCGUUUCGUUCGAGCUCUCACUUUGGUUUGCUUCUAUUUACUUACAAUCACAAUGGUCGUCCAGCUUCUCACUUCAAUUUCUCGAGGAAACGGUCUUCAAUGGAUAAUCACGGACCUUGCUGUCAAUUUCAUCUUAAUCGCUGCUCUCGCCAUGCAGUACAUCAUUCUCAACGAAACUGUGAUUAGUCAGGAAAUCGAGCAUCUGAUCGACAACGUUCCUCUCGUCUAA